AUGGAUUGGCUGUCUAUUAUCCAACAGUGGAAAUCAUUAAAGGACUGCUUGGAAGCAAUUCAAGCCUCGCCUACUGCUUUCAAGAAACAAACCUCUCCCGCAAACUCCGAAGACUGCUUGGAGCAGUCCUUCCGCGUAUUCGCCGACCCGGACGCGAAUCCAAAGACCAUCUACCAACUAUUCAGAUUAGUCCUUUGUAUACGGGAGAGGACGAAAAUGGGACAGUGUUUCGAGAGAUUGAUAAAUGUGAGUGUCAACGACCUAUUGGAAGUUGCUUCCCUCCCAUUCUAUUGCAUUCAGGGUGCUGGAACACACUAUCCAUGUGUUGGUUAUGAAGGAAACCCUCGAUAUCCAGUGAAGAUGCGCCUUCCAGGACGAAUACUAGGGCUGUUACCAAUGCCCGAGACAGGAUCUGAUUCCCAGUCAACUCAAGAUGGUUCUCAGCAGUAUCUCGAAAUAUUUGGGUUCGGGGGCCAAUGA